GCGAGGCAGGACAGUCAAAAUCGCUGAUCGAGAAGCACUUAUCGUUAACGAGGAAAGAUUUCGGAAGCACAAGUGCAGCAAGCAAGUGCAUAGAGAAGUCGAAGAUGAAACUAUUAGGAGCGUCCGUGUUCGUAAAGGUCGUCGCGACGGCGAUGACGCUGACGCCAUUCUUGACAGCGCUGUCAGCUGCUGCCGCCAUAGAUGCAGAUGGCAGUCAGCAGGAAGAGAAAAUCCUAAGAGCCAUCGAUGCUCUGGAGGCCGAGGAGAGCAUCGGUAUUUACGGGGACAUGAUAACUCUCGAGAAGGUUCCCGUGGUGGAAGCGAGGGAAGAUGCUGGGCUGGAGCGUGAUCCUCUUUUGAAGAGAGUCGACCAGUUCCUUGGAAGCCGAAAGAUCCACAUAGCUCUACCGCGAGAGGGGCCAUCGGCGCAAUACGUGGGUCGCGCUCUUGGCGCAACGAGCGGCAGCCUCGACAUUGACCUCAGAGGAAUGACAGGCGGCGGCGCCUCCGAAGCCCGUACUAAGCUCAAGAAAAUCAUUCUGCCAAUUCUACUGGCCUUGAAGCUGAAGGCUUUGGUUGUUCUGCCCAUCGUAAUCACCCUGAUCGGACUGAUCGGAAUCAAGGGGCUGGGAGCAGGAUUGGCUGCGCUGCUGUUAUCGGGUGCUGUGGCCCUGAAGGCUCUCCUGACGCCGCCACCCCCGCCGCAACUCACUGCCACGCGACUGAGCUACGGAAUUUACAAGCCUCACGACAUUCAUCACGAGACCUGGCACAGGUCCCAGCAGCAGCAGCAGGAGAUCAACGAGCAGCCCUACGCCGGCUGGGCGCCCGACUACGGUGUCGACAGGUUCCCUUACCAGGAUCUGCCUUAGCAGCGUACAGUGGCUGUGACCUCCCAUAUCCUUAAAUUAUCAUCCAUUUAUUAUUAUUUAUUACAUUCUGUCUUCAAUAAAGAGAGCUUUUCUAUUCCUCAAAGAGCAGCGAA